GCAGCGCGCUGUUGAAGAGCAAAGCGGUGCGGAGGGCGCCCGACGGUGUCCCGCAGCCGCGGCCCCCGGCAGAGGGAGCACCGAAGUUGCAAGAAGGGCAGCGGGGAGGAACUGCAGAAGCUUCGCAGCCCGGUGGUUUUGUACGGGAGAAGAAAAUAGGAGAUGAUGAGAAGACUUUAAAGGCACAUGAGGAAGGCUGGCCACAGAAACUGAUGGAAAUGAACGCAGGGACAUCAGUGCCACAUUCUUACAACUAUGACCUCAUUGUCAUUGGUGGGGGCUCAGGUGGCCUGGCAGCUGCCAAGGAGGCUGCCAAAUAUGAAAAGAAAGUGUUGGUGCUGGACUUUGUCAUACCUACACCUCUGGGAAAUUCAUGGGGUCUUGGAGGAACAUGUGUAAAUGUGGGCUGUAUACCUAAAAAACUGAUGCACCAGGCAGCUUUACUGGGACAAGCCUUGCAAGAUUCACGCAAAUUUGGAUGGGAGUUUACAGAGGAAGUCAAACACAACUGGAUGACCAUGACAGAGGCUGUUCAGAAUUACAUCAGUUCACUGAACUGGGGCUAUCGGGUUGCACUGAGAGACAAGAAAGUCACGUAUGAGAAUGCAUAUGGAGAAUUUAUUGGGCCACACACAAUUAAGACAACAAAUAAAAGAGGAGUUGAGAAUAUAUAUACCGCUCAGAGAUUUCUCAUUGCCACUGGUGAACGACCACGCUAUCUGGGUAUACCUGGAGACAAGGAAUACUGCAUUAGCAGUGAUGAUCUUUUCUCUCUGCCUUACUGCCCAGGGAAAACCCUGGUGGUUGGAGCUUCCUAUGUUGCCUUGGAAUGUGCAGGAUUUCUUGCAGGUCUUGGAUUACAUGUCACUGUAAUGGUGAGAUCCAUUCUCCUAAGAGGAUUUGACCAGGAUAUUGCAAACAAAAUUGGUGAAUAUAUGGAAGAACAUGGAGUCACCUUUAUUAGGGAGUUUGUGCCAAUUGAGGUCAAGCAAGUUGCGGAAGGAUCUCCUGGAAUAUUGAAAGUUGUAGCCAAGUCCACAAAGGAGGAUACAAUAAUUGAAGGGGAAUACAAUACUGUCUUGCUAGCAAUUGGAAGAGAUGCGUGCACAAGAAGAAUUGGUUUGGACAAAGUUGGAGUGAAGAUCAAUGAAAAAACAGGAAAAAUUCCUGUCAACGAUCAGGAGCAAACAAAUGUGCCAUAUAUCUAUGCUGUUGGAGAUAUACUGCAGGACAAGCUGGAACUCACACCAGUGGCAAUCCAGGCAGGAAGAUUGUUAGUCCAAAGGCUUUAUGGUGGGGCAACCAGAAAGUGUGACUAUGUGAAUGUUCCAACCACUGUAUUCACUCCUUUGGAGUAUGGAGCUUGUGGGUAUUCUGAAGAGACUGCGAUGGAGAAGUUUGGGGAAGAAAACAUUGAGGUGUACCAUAGUCAUUUCUGGCCACUGGAAUGGACUGUGCCAUCCAGAGACAACAACAAAUGCUAUGCGAAGAUAAUUUGCAAUAUUCCAGAUAAUGAGAGAGUCAUUGGUUUCCAUGUCCUUGGUCCAAAUGCUGGAGAAAUCACUCAAGGGUUUGCAGCUGCAAUGAAAUGUGGGGUGACAAAAGAACAGCUGGACAGCACCAUAGGAAUUCAUCCCGUCUGUGCAGAGAUAUUCACCACUCUGUCUGUGACCAAGCGUUCUGGUGAAAGUAUCCUUUCGUCUGGAUGCUGAGGUUAAAGACCCCCAUUCUUGCUAUUGCCAAAAACUGACUUUCAUCACAGUGGCUGACUUGUGCAAUGCAGAAGAAAGGAUCUGAGAGGGAUUAUCCUCGGACAUCUGGAGGAAUGUGUAGAUCCUAACUAGAGUGUUCCCUCAUCCUCAGGAGAAGAGCACAGUGGGAGUUGGUCACUUGUGGUGGUUGGCUGGCAAAUAGCAACACAAUGGGAAUAUUGACUAUUGAGCUGUUGCUUAGCAGGGCAUUGAACAAAUGCUUUCAUGAAGUCACAGCCUGAAGCCUGCAUUGUCUGGUGGGCAGUGAUGGAAGAACUGCUAGCACAGCUGGACAACAGCUGUUUCAGUUUGGUUUUAUUCCUUUCUAGUUUCCUACCUGAAAAAAGGACUUCCUCUGAGCUGAAGAACAUUACCCCAGGUUCAGAUACUGUAUGGUGCCCCUGUGUGCUAGGUUAUAACACAGCAAUUCCAAGGCCUCCUCGUGAGCAUGCAUUUCAUUGCCAGCUCACAUGCAUGUGCAGGGGAAAUUGUAUCUGCAUGCAUGAUGAGGAAGAAGAUAUCCUUGGAAAAAACUUUAGUACUGUCUAAAAUAAUGUAUUUCUUGGCUUCCAAACUGACUCUGUCAUGACAUUUGAUUUUAAAGAAACUUAUUUGUGAAAGCUUUCCUAGUGAGAAAGGAAGGUACUUGUUAAUAAGGCCUUGCUAUACAGACAGGGUAUUUUUUGUUUCUGUGACAGUAACAACAAUGCAUAUAACACAGAUGUAGUGAUCUUGCAGUUUACAUUAUUAUCCAGUUUGGCACAGACAGAAUACAAUCUUGGCAUUAAUUAUACUCCCAGGAGCUCUGUGCAACUUUACUCAAUUUGAAUACAUCUUCCUUUCUAAGUGAACUACCAUAUGCUGCACUGUUUUGGGACUGAAUUGGCCACUUUGAAUACAACAUUGUUGAGACUUUCUUUCAGAUUAGUGGGCUUCUAGAAUCAAACCAACCAAACAACCUGUCACCCCAAAAAAAAACCAAGCAAACAAAACUCCCACCCAACCUCCAAAAAGAAAUAAUGAAAAAUCUUCUACCUAGAUAUGGCCUAAAAGCUGUAUUUAGUUCCAUGUGUGUUUGUUUUAUAGUUAAUUAAGAAAGCAGUACUUUUAAAUACAGAAGUUUCCAUGGAAAAGACAGAUUCUUAAAUGUUCCUCCUGUGUUGGAUAAACUGCAUACAUGUUUAUCAAGAAAUGGUAAAAAUAUCUCUUUGGAAUGGAAAUGUGUUUUUUGAUCUGGUUUUUAAUUUCCUUUUGUUUUAGCAGAAAAGUUCAGAUUACUUUUAUUAAACGGUUCUUGGAAGUUUAGUAUUUUGGUGUGAAUAGGGGUAAAUUCUCCAGCCCUCUGGGCACAAUGCCUUAUGCCUAGAUUUCCACAGGGUAACAAAUGAAUAUACUUCUACUGAGAUUUGUAGAAUAGUGUUGUAAGUUAUUUUUAUAAAUUCAUACAUAGCUGAAGGAAUUUGUAUGGUAUCAAGAUUGAUCUGUGGUGGUAUUUUUCUAGCCAGUUUAUUAAAUAAAUUACAUAUUUAAACAAA